AUGGCUCGUUUUAAACUUCUUUUGGCUGUUCUAGUGAUUCAAGGGACACAUCAACAAAUAGUGAUGUUUGUCGUUACAAACGGUGCUCUAAUUAGUAAAAAUUUUGUCGUAACGUGUGCAAGCUGCAUCAAGUAUCUAUCGAUUCACGAGGAAAUUGUUGCUGGAAGUGCAUCGGUUGACAAAAAUGACUGGCAGACAAUCCCAAUCGAUAGUACUGUUAUUCAUGAAAAUUAUACAAAAAGUGAUUCUCGUGAUGAUAUUGCACUCGUGAAAUUACUACAUAGAGUGAUAAUCUCCAGUUCAGUAGGACCUAUCAGUCUUCCUACCUUUGAUCAGUCAGUGGACCAAAGUAUGAACAUGAUAUUGACGAAAAAUGUUAAAAGUCUGUCGGAAAUAAUAGUAAAAUAUAUCCCUGUCAGCGUUAUAGACACGGAUACUUGUAAAAAACGGAUUAAAGGCAAGUUACAUUCGAUAGUGCGUGAAAAGCAAUUUUGUAUCAAAAGCGUCGACGAUAAAGAUACUUCAGAGAUUUCGUGGGGCAGCAUCAUUGUUCAAGAGAACAGAACCGUAUUAGUCGGAUUGACCUCUAGUAAUGGUGUUAUGGUCACACAGAUUUCAUCGUACGUCAAUUGGAUUCAAACCCAAAUGGAGAAAAGUACUUUGCCACCUCAGUUUAAGUACACGUACCUACAAAUCUAA